CACCGUCACCCCGCCAUGAAGGUCGCCGUCGUUGGGUCCGGCGUCUCUGGCCUGGCUGCGACUUGGCUGCUUAAUGAGCACAGCGACCACGAGGUCCACCUCUACGAAUCAGACUAUCGACCAGGAGGGCACGCGAAUACAGUUCGUUUCUUACCGAAGGGAAAAUCAUGGGAGAACGGUGUCGAUGUUGAUACAGGCUUCAUAGUCUUCAAUCCUUCCACCUACCCCAACUUUCUCCGUUUCCUCCAGCGCUGUAUCCGCAUUAUCCCGGCUGAGAUGACGUUUAGUGUCUCUCGGGACCAGGGCGUGUUUGAGUGGGCUGGGAAGAAUGUAGCCACAGUCUUUUGCCAGCCCCGGAGGCUCUUUGAUCCCCAAAUGUGGAGAAUGGUCUACGAUGUGGUUCGAUUCAAUGCGUCCGCGCGGAACUUUUUGCUAUCGGUAGAUGAAGACAAACCAAGCGAAAAAUCCAUUGGAGACUAUCUUGACCAAGGAGGCUAUUCCGAAGCCUUUCGGAACAAUUAUCUGAUCCCGAUGACGGCAGCCAUCUGGAGUACUCCUCCAGGAAAAUGUAUUCUUGAUUUUCCUGCGCAAACAUUAAUUCAGUUCAUGUACAAUCACUCUCUCCUCCAAAUAACCGGGAGACCUCCCUGGCGAACCAUUCAAGGUGGAAGCCAACGUUACGUCGACAAGAUCAUCGAGAAGCUUCCACGAGAACGUUAUCACCCUCAAACGCCUGUGACGUCUGUUGCUUCUCUGGAAUCGAAAGAGGGACGGGAGCAGAAGAUUCAACUUGUCACAGAAGAUGGAAACCAAGAGGAGUAUGACCAUGUUAUCCUUGCUUGCCAUUCCGACGAAGCCCUCAAGAUUUUGCGUGCUGGCGGGAUUACGGAGGAUGAAGACCGUAUUCUCAGCCAGAUCGAAUGGAACAAGAAUGAAGUUGUGCUACAUUCAGAUGUGCGGUUGAUGCCUCGAAGUCGAAUGGCAUGGUCUUGUUGGAACUAUCUCACAGUAACCACCCAGCACGAUGGCGGUACCCAGGGAUCCACGCGGAAACGGGAUAUAGAUCGAGUUUCACUGACGUAUGGCAUGAAUGAUUUGCAGCACAUUUCAGAAGAACUCUAUGGUCCGGUACUCGUCACUCUAAAUCCACCGUUCGAACCAGACGCAGCCAAAGUUGGGGGACGAUGGAAAUACGAACAUCCUGUGCUGAACUCAAAGACUGUUCGUGCUCAACGAGAAAUGCACAAAAUCCAGAACAAACGUUCAAUCUCAUUUGCAGGGGCUUGGCUCAAAUACGGGUUCCACGAGGAUGGUUUCACGUCAGGUCUCUUAGCUGCA